UAAAGACGAGGCAAAAACGACGUUUUGCGCUUGAAUUUAUACAGAAAAAAAAGUAUAUCAAAAAACCGGGACGCGGGUACGCGACGUCACACGGAAACUUUGGCAUUCUUCGAUUGAAAAUUCAGUGUUACAAAGUGAUUGUUGAUUUUAAAUUCCCGUGUUUGUGAUUGUUGUUCAAUUGUUGACGAAGAAAAUGUGAUCGUUUUCUGUUCGUGUUUCGGUGGUUCUUCCAGUUGAUAUUUUUGUUUGUAUUGCGACUGUGGUGGUAGUGUUGUUCAGUUUUUGGGAUAUUACAUCGAUCUUUGAAGACGGUAGUCCGCUGUAAAUGCAAUCGUCAAGGUUUAACUACUUGGGACAACCGUAAAAAUUGCUCAUUCAUAGAGAGGGUGGUAGGAAGCGACAAUGUUAGGCAGCCCUGCUGGGCCGGGCGGGCCGUCCCAAAGAGGACUGUGGCCCCUGGCCCCGGCACCGGCACCCACUGCAACUAGUUUUUCCGCUGACGGCCUUGGUAAAUACGGCGUAUACUCGCUUUUCCCCGGAGGGCCCAGUUUUGGAAGCGCCCUCUACUCGCACGCCAGCACGUUAGGUCGCUUCGCCUCUGGCCAGCUACAACAGUCUUCAGGGAAUACUUUUCAUGCCGCACACAAAGUUUCAGAUUCCCUCUUCUCGACGUCGGGCUACACUUUCGGCGCGCCGACGCCGCCGCCCGGCUCCCCCUACUCCCCCAUCCCCGUCACGCAGCUGGAGCUGCUGACCAAGGGCUUCAACUCCAACAUCAUCAUCCAGCAGCCCGAUUACCCCCCCAGCCCGAAAAAAGCGCAGGAGAAACUCUGCGACGACAAAUGCUGCAGCCUCAAGCCGCAGAAGGCGUGCAGCUGCCAGCUGGGCUCCCCGGUGAAAGCGUCCAAGUACUCGGACGCCAUCAACGGGUGCUCGAGGACCAACCCCAUAGAAUGGAGCGGGGUGAACGUGAAGAAGGAACCGGGGGCUUGUCAGGUGGCGGAGAUAAGCACGAGCGCCUCUCCUAUGGUCAAGCUGGAGGUCACCUCGCCCACCCAGAAGAAUGGAGAUAAUGGGAUGAUGAGCAAUUCCAUCAUUAGUACAAAUGAAAGAACCGAACGAAUUCACUUCUAUCGCCAACACCACCCCUCUUACCCGACCCCCAGACGGGGGGUGGGCCGCCUGCUCGUGCCUCACGAAGUGCCUUGCGUUCCAGGCGGCAACAUCCCCGUCGGCAUAGCCAUCGCGAGGCAGAGGGUCCAACAAGAAGUCAUCGCCUCCCCCUCCCUGCCUCCCUCCGGCCUUCUCACCACCUUCAACGGAGGGGCGCAGAUCAAAGAGAUCACCAGGAUAUCGGAGAUCGAUCCAUCGGGGGCUACCGGUAGUAUGGCUGCAAGCUCGGCGAUGGGCGGCCAGCAGGGGGGGACACUGCUGCAGUGCACGGACGACCGAGGCGCGGGAUUGGCCGCGUGGCAGAUGGGCGGGGGCCACAGUCAGGCCCUGGCCACACCCACGCUGUGGCAGUAUCCUGCGCCUGUUCCAGUGGAGCCAAUGGUUCCACUGCCGGUACCAAUGCCUCCUGUGGGGUUCCAACUAGUUCGCGAUCCUACCACUGGGGGUCUCCUUCUUUUACCCACUGCCGGAAUAGAACCUCUGCAGCAAGCCGUAGUAUGGCCAAGUUACUCCCAACCCUCUUCUGUCCUGUUGCCAUCUUUACCGCCAAUGCCUCCUCCGCCCCUCCAGCUACUCAGUUCUGCGUCAUCAGACUACCUCUCCAGCAGCACCACUCUUCAUCAACACACCCAAACGCACAGCACCAGGUUGGUGGCGGUAACGACGGACACCAAGAGGAAGAUUCCCAUGCCUAUACCGGCCACUACUCUGAUAAAAAUCGAAACUGAUGCUACACUGGACCAAACAAAAACCUUGCAGGCCGUUAGUACCAUCGCAAGCAAUACCGGAACGGUUUUCACGGACCAAAAUAUGGCUCCUUUGGUGACCACGCAUGUUAUCUACCAGCAUCCUACCAAUUUGAUCUUGUCCCAAACACCAAACGGAGAGGCGUCUUGUAGGUCACAAGCAACGUCGCCGGUAGCUUGUCUUACACCACCUCCAGAAACACAAACGCAUGAAGAAGAGGCGUCCACUGUACAGGACGCCAGUAAUCAGACAGACACCCCGUUCUGCAGUGAAGACGACAAUACCACCCAUACUAUGUCCGACGUUGUAGGGGAGACGAAGAGUAGGCUCGAACAUGUUUUAGAAAAGCCUAUUAUGGAAAUGCCUCAUGACUACAGUGUUACAAAAACUCUAGUACCUGAAAUGAUGGAGGUGAUUCAAGAACCACCAAAACUAGAUGAAAUAGAAGAGGCAGUGCAACCCAGUAUUCCAAUGGAAGAGGAAGAACCAGAGCAGGAAGUAGUCAGAGGAGUCGAAGAAACCAUGUCUCCACAAAAACCGGAUUUGAGUGGCUUAGAACUCCUCUCCAAUAGUAUAGUCGAGUUCGAAAACUGCAGGAAUAAAACCGAUGAAGAAUUACAAGUAUCUAGGACGUGUGAAAGCCCGAAAAUACGUAGUAGCACGCCACUACCAAUUUCAAAUGAAACUGAAGUCAGGAAGGAACCUGUCAUUCCACAACCUCCCGUAGACGACAGUCUAGGGGGUCUAGGUCUACUCUGCGCCUUGGCAGAGCAAAGGAUAUUAGAAGAAAACGAAAAACCCAAAGUAGAAAAAGAAAAAUCCAAAGAACGCAAGAAGGAAAAAAGGAAAUCCAAAAAGCAUUCCUCUGAUGAGCCGAAAAGGAAGAAAUUGAAAAGCGACAAACAUCACGAAGAUCGAGAACACAAAAGGAAAGAAAAGUCAUAUGAAAAGAACAAUACAGACAAAGAAAAGACGCGAUGCGCAUGCCACGAAGAGAACUACAGAACCUACAAGACGCCAGAAUCCGAAGAGGAGGUGAAGAAAUUCAUAGCUAGCAAAUCGCAGCCUAUCUGCUGCAAAGGUGACUGGCCCUGCAUGAACGCGAUGGAACUGGACAUGAGGAUGAAGUUGGCCGAACUUCAACGUCAAUACCGGGAGAAACAAAAGGAGUUGAGCAAGCUGAAACCAAAAAGGCAUUCGACGGACUGCUCGAAGAAGCGUUCAAGGAAGAAGUCGACGCAUUCCUCUCACUCCGAUAGGAGUUCCACACCACCACCCUUACUAGACAAAAUGGACGUGCCGGUAAAGCCUAACAGAGACAAGUCUGAACUGUUAAAACCGCCAACGCUGUGCGCGAUGCCUAAAUUAGACGAAAUUUAUAAAACAAAUCAGUCCGACGUGGAUUCUUCCCCCGAAAAGUAUUCCUCCUCUAAAAAACGAAAAGUGGGCAGGCCUAAAAAACUAAUGUCAUCUUCAGGGGAACACGUGGCCACCGAAACGAUAGUCGCCAAGAAACCGAAAAGCAGUUUCGUGGGUUAUCUCUUAGCUGCCAAGGAGAAAUUCAAAAUGCAGAAUAAAACUUACCCCGACGCCACUCCACCGAGAUAUGUCGAAGAAACCAUCACCAUCAAACCGAAGAAAAACAAAAACAACAAUCACAUUAUAGCGACUGACGUAAAAUCUUCUAAGAUAAGGCCGAAACUCAGGGCCGAAGCUACUAUUAAAACUUACGCGGAUGACGACCGUAACGAGUGGGAAACAAUUGCCGAAGAGGAGGAAGGUGAAGACGAGGAACAGGAACACGUUGAGGAACUGGCUGAUGAGGAAUCGGAGGUCGAGGAAGAAGAAAGGGUUGAAGAGACUGUCCCCGAAACGACACAUCAGGAAGAGGAGGAGGAGGAGGAAAGCGUUGCCGAGGAAGAAAUAGUUGAAGAAGUUAAACCUGAAGACACUCGUUGCACCCUGACUGCGGAAUUGUUGGAAGUUGAUAAGUUGAGGGUGUUGACAGCCAUGGGAGGGUUGUUUUAUGCUGGGCAGUUGAAUGCGUUGGAACCCCCUGAUGUUUAUUCCAUUAUAUUGGAUGGAGAAAGAGGGAACAGGCCUCACAUUAUGUCCAGGGAGGAAAUUCUUCGAGAUGCGAUAGUCGAAGUAGCUCCAAAAAAUACCGACGACUUACCAGUCGGUACUAGAUUAUGCGCCUAUUGGAGUCAGCAGUACCGCUGCCUCUACCCCGGAAGCGUUGCAGAACCCGGAACUCCAGAUCCUCAGUUGGAUGGAAAGUUCGUAUCGGUAGAAUUCGAUGACGGCGACAGCGGAAGGAUCGCUUUGGAAGACAUAAGGUUACUGCCUCCGGAUUACCCCAUUAUCGAAUACGAUCCAAAUCCUCUUCUAAGCCUAUGCAAGAGGCGAAGAAGAACCUCCACAAGCGUCUCAACUGAAGACAAAACUAAAACUCAAAUAAAUGUCGCCUUACCACAAGUCGAAUCUCAAAAACCGCCAAAAGAUCUCGAAGUAGAGAAAGAGAACAAGGACGUAAAUAAACCCAGUCGCGAACAGCACAAGGAGAAAAAACGGCUGAAGAAAAAGAAGCGCGAGAAGCUCCGGCAAAAGUUGAUGCACGAGGAUAAGAAAAAGAAGAAGAAACACAAGUGUAACGAUGAAAAUUGCAAACACAAGAAGCACCACAAGAAGCAUAGGAAGCAUAAGAAACAUCACGAUAAGGUGAGGAACGAACCUGUGGAACAGAACGAAGUUGAGGAAGUGGAGGAAGUUGAAGACGUAGUGGAGGAGCUUUCUUCGGAACAGAAUGAAGAAGUUGAGGAGGUUAUAGAAGAUUACGAGAUUGUUGCUAAUCCAGAAGAUGAAGUUACUAUGGACGAUAUCAUCAAAGCCACGAAAUCGAAAAAAUCGAAGAAGAUACGAGACAGGCAGGAAUCCUGCGAGAGUAGGAGUAAGAUGAGCGCGUUUCUCCCCGCCCGACAGCUUUGGGGAUGGGCAGGAAAGGGAUAUAAACGCCAACGGGCCAAGGGUAGGUCGAAGAAAUCCUUUUACAAAUCCAUCCAGCGGGGAAAGGAGACGAUCACUGUGGGAGAUUCGGCGGUAUUUUUAUCCACUGGAAGGCCAGACCGUCCCUACAUUGGGCGAAUCGAAGCCAUGUGGGAACUUUGUGGCACUAUGGUUGUCAAAGUGAAAUGGUUCUACCAUCCCGAAGAGACAGUCGGAUGCCCGCAAAAUCUUCAAUAUCCGGGAGCCCUGUUCGAGUCGCCACAUGUGGACGAAAACGACGUGCAGACGAUUUCCCACAAAUGCGAGGUGUUGCCACUGAAGGAAUACACCGAACGCCUAGGGGACGAUCCUCAACGUUACGCAACAAUAUACGAUAAUAACGACAUAUAUUACUUGGCCGGAUACUACGACCCCACGACACACACAAUAAAAAUGGAGCCCGGCAUACCGUUCACAAAAACAAAUUGAUAAAAAGUAGCAAUAAAGUUAAAACUUACACGAUAGUGAUUUUUGGUGCUAUAAUUAUUCAUCAGACUUUUUACUGAUUUUUUUUUUUAGCUAUGACCUUUUUUAUAUGUUAAGUUUCAACUUAUGAUGGUUCUGUUAGCUGUUUCCCGAUAGAUAUAUCUUUGUAACAUAUUGUGUUAGUCCCACAGUUGUAAGCAUUUGUUUAUCUAUUUUUAGCCUUUCGAUAGAACAAUUCUUAAAUGAUGCAAUAAGGAAUACAGUACAAGGAAUAUACAAUCUACUAUAUGGAUAAAUGUUAGAUGUCAAUAAUGCUUUUCUGGAAUUAAGUAUCUAACCUCUUCGAAAGCGCAGAAGCAAUUUCCCAAUAUUGGAUUUAAACGUAUUUGCGGAAAAGUGUCGCAAAUACUGAAAUGUAACUUUUUUCUUGACUUAGGAUUUAAGAGGCCCAAGGACUGAACCCUGAGGGACACAAAACCGGAUAAGACUGAAAUUACGAGACGCUAGUUCUAAAUUUUUAACGGAGUUGAAAUUGUUUUGAGAAAUACGAACGGAGCUAGUGAUAAAAUAAAUAUUAAGAUCCAAUGUGGGAACUUUGCGUUAUCUCUAAUUUUUUUUUUCAAAUAAAUUUAAGAGAGGUUGAUAAAGAUACACGUGGGCAUUUUUGUGAAGUAACGUAAGUGUUGAAGCGUCAGAAAAUCGUACCUAAACAUGUAUCUCUAGUAGGUGUUGUAAAUGUAUCUAUGGAUUUUUCUAUCAAAUUUAACUUUGUAGAUUUACCUAGGAUUAAGAGAUGUACAUAUAUUUACAAAAUAUAGAAGAAUAUAUUUUAAUAUCAGGCCAAUAGCGACGUCAUAUGGUCUAUUUUAAUUCGUAAACGAGGGGGAAAAUUUAAAUUAAAAAAUAAAAAAUUACAACAACAAUCAAUUCCUGAAACAUUUGGACUGUUAUAUGGGUGCCUAGUUUUUGUAUUACUCGGACCUAAUGACUGACUACUAUUGGACAACACUCCUUUGUAAAAAAAGCUACUAAAGCUUUAAGAGAUUCUCUGUAGGGGUAAAAAAAUUUGAAGUGUUAUUAAUUUUAUAAUAUACUUUUCGCGCGGAAAAACUUUAUUAAUGUCCCAAAACAGUUUAUUACGUGGCCUAUUUUGAGAUUUUAAAUAAUCGAACGUCCCAAUUUUCAACUCGAGACUGACAAAUUUAAGUUAGGUCAGUUUUUGUAAUUCGCGUUUUCAAAUAGUUCGGAUAUGAAAUUGAUUUUAUAUCAAUCUUUUUUUGUCCCAUUUAAAAGUGUUUAUAAUUAAGGCUUUGGUGUAUAUUUUGUAUAAAAAUGAUGAAACGUGCAAUGUUAUUUGACAUUAGUACUUAGGAGCAUAGUUUAGAUAUAUGCUUUAGAAGCUUCUUCAUAAUUUAGAGUGAAAUAAAUGUCUCCGUAAUUACUUAAAUAAACAUAAUCAUUCUUCCAGAUUAAUAAUAUAUUUUCAAUUUGUACGAAAUACGCUUAUAAGAAAAAUCAACUAGUUUUUAGAAGCUUAUUAAAGUAAGUAUAGUCUCUCGAGUGUAUUUUCAUUUUACAACUCAUAGAAUAACGGUAUUUAAUAUUUUUGGGUGAGCACAUCAUUUAAGAAUGUCUUUAUUAAAAAUGACUUUUAAAAAGUUGAAAAUAUUGUCCUAAUAAAGCAGUAAUUGCGUUUAUUUUAUCGUUUUAUUACCAGAACCGAUUUUCCAUAUUUAUUAUGGCGUUUUUUAGUAACUCGAUUUGGAAAAAUGUUGAGUAUUUAUCUAAUACAAAACUGGCCUAAAAAGAUCAAAUAUGUCAUAAAAUACUUUAUUCAAAAUAAUUUUUCAGCCGUUGAACUUCAACUAAUAUUUUUUUGUAUCUCGCUAAUUAGAUAAAUACUGAAAUUUCCAAAUAUUAACCGUAUUUUUGGGUCUUUGAUAGAUACGCAGUAUUUUAUUUUAUAACAUUUUUACUAGACAUUCUGACCUUUACUUAAUGUAAAAUGAAACAUGUCCAAAAACUGAAAAUGUAUACUUAUUUAAUAAAAAAAAAGUUAUAUGUCUAUUUAUUGUAACAUUUAGAGGUCCUAUGAUAAGGUGUAAAAAGUCAGCUGAAGAUUACAAUAAACCUUAUUUUUAUUACUAAUAUGUCUUUGUGUGUACAGAAAGUGUUUAUUUUUGCAAAUUUCUUUCUGAAAAAUACGUGGUGCUACUUUGGGAAGCGCCCUAAGCGUGACUCAAAUUAGAUUAUCAGGGGUCUAAAAAUGGAAAAAAAAGAUACUGUAAAUACAUACAAAUUCCAGCUUGUAUAUAAGUGCUUGACUACUACUCUCUAUGAUAUUAAAUAUAAGAUUAAAAACGAA